AUGACAAACCGUAGACGAUUAGCGGUUGCUGCAUUGGCAUUAUUCGUCGUAAUAAUUGUGGUGACAAAGUUCUCGGUAUCAAGACUGAAAAACCUCCGACUUUCAAACAUCGAUAAUCUAGCUGGAAUGCUGUCACUUAUAUCAAACGAAAACAGCAAAAAACAGGAUGAAUUCUUUAAGAAGCUUGAAAAGAUGCAACUGCAAUUGUAUCUGAAACAUGAAGAAAGAUUAAAGAACUUGGAGAAGCAAAACGAAUUUCUUAUUGAACAGAUCAAACUCAUGAGAAGCCCGCCCGAAAAGUUCUCUCUUCGGGAAAAGUUGGCAUUCAUGACUCCAUACGACCCGAAGACAAAAUUUCCUGCGUAUGUCUGGCAAACUUGGAAACAUGGCCUUAAUGACGACAGGUUUGACGCACAAUAUAGAGAGGGGCAGGCACAGUGGGCUGUGAAGAAUCCCGGAUUUGUUCACGAACUAUUUAAUGAUGAUACUACCUUCGCUACUGUCAAACAUUUAUACCAGCACGCUCCGGAAGUUGUAGAAGCAUACAAACUGAUGCCAGAGGUUAUAUUAAAAAUGGACUUUUUCAAGUAUUUGAUACUUUUUGCCAAAGGCGGUGUUUAUGCCGAUGUUGAUACCGUGCCUUUGCAACCUGUUCCUAAUUGGAUUCCCGAAAAUGUCUCACCAACAGAGCUCGGGUUGAUUAUUGCAGUCGGAUCAGAUUCAAAUCUGGCAGAUUGGAGGCUGGAUACGGUACGCAGAUUGGAGUUUGGCAACUUCGUCAUUCAGUGUAAGCCCGGACACCCUAUAUUCCGUGAGAUCAUCGCAUCUAUUACCGAAAACACUUUGGGAUUGAGAAGAACCCUCAAGGAAGGUGAACAACUUGCCUUGGAAGGACUGUCUAAUCAAAAAUCCUUAGCGAUAUCUAAGUGGACAGGUAGUGGCCUUUGGACUGAUACUAUCCUUGAAUACCUUAAUGAUUACGUGAAACUGUCGAUUUAUCAGUCUGUGUCAUGGAAGGACUUCCAUGCCUUGGAGAAACCUAAGCUCGUCAGCGACGUCUUGGUCUUACCAAUCAAGUCGUUUGCUUCUACUCUUGAGGUUCCAAAAGAUGGCAAGAUUAGUGAUCCAAUUGCGUUCGUGAAACACUAUCUGGCAAACAUUUGGAAGUCAGGAUAG